AUGUUCCGAAUUCUCUUUCUUCUUUGCGUUGUUGCCGUCUCCACCCACGGCUAUUUGCUCGGACCAUGGCCAGCUGGUCUCAAAAUGAGAUAUGGAUUUGACCUAUUUGGUAUGGGAUCCAAAGUCUUUAUUGACCUCCCGAGGACUAACACCUCAGCUGUAGAGAAAGGAUGGCAGUCAAUGAACAGACCUCGUCGUCUAUCUGGCUACUGUCCCCUGCAGCUCUGGUGUCCUACCGACGAUUUUUCAGUGUGUAUCCACACUGACGAAACCGGUUACGUUGCUGGAAUACAAAUCGCUCUCCCAGAGAGCAAGUUCACUCCGACCUAUGACAUGAAGGAACAAGGCUUCACAAUCUGGACUACCACCUUCAAAUCGAAGGUAGUGAGAUUCUGGGUCCUCUCUGCAUACUUCGUGUCAUCUGAUCGUCAAACCAGGAUAAAUUCUCACGAUGCUGAUAAGGUGCUGCGUGACGAUAAUGUGUACUUCAACAGUUUCAAUGGUAUCAAGGGUAGCGUGUCCACCAGUCUUGACAAGCUUAGCAGCGUCUAUACCGAGCAGGCCUGCAUCGGAUGGUUAGGUCGUCAGUACAGCUACAAUAUGACAACCCAUUUAGAAUGCAGUAGCACCACAAUCUCCCCGUGGGCACCAUGCUACUACUCCGGACAGCUGGUCUGCCUCAGAUUCAUGGUCUUCGGUACUUUGAAGUUAGACAAGAGUGAUAAGGACCAAUUUGAGUAUUAUCCAGAGCGUAGCGUCAAGUCUGACGUGCCUAAAGCCCCUAAGUGCUUAUAUGACGCUGCCAAAGCUACAGGAGCCGUAGCUAUGACCCUGAUCCUCAAUUCCAACUAUGAGCUGGUCUCCUGUGUCUUGGAAUAA